GGGCGGCCGCGGCGGCGCCGGGCGGCGGCUAGACGCGCGAUGGAGGGCGACGGCCGGGGCCCGUGGGCUCUGGGGCUGCUGCGCACCUUCGAGGCGGGCGAGUUCGCGGGCUGGGAGAAGGUCGGCUCGGGGGGCUUCGGGCAGGUGUACAAGGUGCGCCACGUCCAUUGGAAGACGUGGUUGGCCAUCAAGUGCUCGCCGAGCCUGCACGUCGACGACAGGGAGCGCCUGGAGCUUCUGGAAGAGGCCAAGAAGAUGGAGAUGGCCAAGUUCCGCUACGUUCUGCCUGUGUACGGCAUUUGCCGGGAGCCGGUGGGCCUGGUCAUGGAGUACAUGGAGACCGGCUCCCUGGAGAAGCUACUGGCCGCCCAGCCGCUGCCCUGGGACCUGCGCUUUCGCAUCGUGCACGAGACGGCUGUGGGCAUGAACUUCCUGCACUGCAUGUCCCCGCCCCUGCUGCACCUGGACCUGAAGCCCGCCAACAUCCUGCUGGACGCCCACUACCACGUGAAGAUCUCCGACUUUGGACUGGCCAAGGUCAACGGGCUGUCCCACACGCACGACCUCAGCAUGGACGGCCUGUUUGGGACCAUUGCCUACCUCCCCCCGGAGCGCAUCCGGGAGAAGACUCGGCUUUUUGACACCAAGCACGAUGUCUACAGCUUCGCCAUCGUGAUCUGGGGUGUGCUGACACAAAAGAAGCCAUUUUCAGAUGAGAAAAACAUCCUACACAUCAUGGUCAAGGUGGUGAAGGGCCUCCGCCCCGAACUCCCACCCAUCUGCAGGCCCCGGCCCCGGGCUUGCAGCAACCUGAUCCACCUCAUGCAGAGGUGCUGGCACGAGGACCCUCACGAGCGGCCCACCUUCCAGGAGAUUACUUCUGAAACGGAGGACCUGUGCGAAAAGCCUGAGGAGGAGGUGAAGGAAGCCACUCCCGAGCUGGGUGGGAAAGGCUCCCCGGAGCCCAGGAGUGAGGCUGAGCCAGGGUCCUCCCGCCUCCAGCCGGCCUCCGCCCCGCCCUUGGAUAACGACUGCAGCCUCUCGGAGCUGCUGUCCCAGCUGGACUCCGGCAUCUCCCAGGCCCUGGAGGGCCCCGAGGCGCUCAGCCCAGGCUCCUCCGAGUGCAAGCGCCCGUCCUCCAGCAGCAGCGGCAAGAGGCUCUCGGGGGUGUCCUCGGUGGACUCCGCCUUCUCUUCCAGGGGUUCGCUGUCACUGUCCUUCGAUCGAGAGCCUUCCACGGGCGAUCUGGGCACCGCAGACAUCCAGAAGAGGAAGCUGGUGGACGCCAUCGUGUCUGGGGACACGAGCAGGCUCAUGAAGAUCCUACAGCCCCAGGACGUGGACCUGGCACUGGAUGGCGGCGCCAGCCUGCUGCACCUGGCGGUGGAGGCCGGGCAGGAGGAGUGCGUCAAGUGGCUGCUGCUCAACAACGCCAACCCCAACCUCACCAACAGGAAGGGCUCCACCCCGCUGCACGUGGCCGUGGAGCGGCGGGCACGGGGCGUGGCGGAGCUCCUGCUGUCCCGCAAGAUCAGCGUCAACGCCAAAGAUGAGGACCAGUGGACGGCCCUGCACUUUGCGGCCCAGAAUGGGGACGAGUCCAGUACGCGUCAGCUGCUGGAGAAGAACGCGUCCAUCAACGAGGUGGACUUCGAGGGCCGGACGCCCAUGCAUGUGGCGUGCCAGCACGGGCAGGAGAACAUCGUGCGGCUCCUGCUGCGCCGGGGCGUGGACGUGGGCCUGCAGGGGAAGGACGCCUGGCUGCCCCUGCACUACGCCGCCUGGCAGGGCCACCUCUCCAUCGUCAAGCUGCUGGCCAGGCAGCCUGGCGUGAGCGUGAACGCCCAGACGCUGGACGGGAAGACGCCCCUGCACCUGGCCGCCCAGCGGGGGCACUACCGCGUGGCCCGCAUCCUCACGGACCUGUGCUCCGACGUCAACAUCUGCAGCCUGCUGGCGCAGACGCCCCUGCACGUGGCCGCGGAGACGGGGCACACCAGCACCGCCAGGCUGCUCCUGCACCGUGGCGCGGGCAAGGAGGCCGUGACCGCGGAGGGCUGCACCGCCUUGCACCUGGCGGCCCGCCAUGGACACCUGGCCACCGUGAAGCUGCUCCUGGAGGAGAAGGCCAACGUGCUGGCCCGGGGACCCCUGAACCAGACGGCCCUGCACCUGGCCGCGGCCCACGGGCACUCAGAGGUGGUGGAGGAGCUGGUCAGCGCCGACCUCAUCGACCUGUCCGAUGAGCAGGGCUUCAGCGCCCUGCACCUGGCGGCCCGGGGCCGGCACGCACACACUGUGGAGACCCUGCUCAAGCACGGGGCCCACAUCAACCUCCAGAGCCUCAAGUUCCAAGGCAGCCCGGGCGCCACGGCCACGCUCCUGCGGCGCAGCAAGACCUAGUGAGCUCCCGCGGAGCCGGGGCUCCGUGUGGGCCUCGGUCCACCGCCGUGCCGUGGUCCGUGUGUGGACAGAACCACGGAUGCCGUGCUCACACUCCGCUCGCCCUGUCGGGGGCCGAGGCACGGAGCGGAGGCUGGCGACGGGAGACGCAGCCGGUCAGGGCAGGUGCUGUCCGCAGGCACCGCCCGCUUCAUGCCAGGUUGUCCCGAAGGCACCCGGCAGCUGCCCCACCCACCAGCCAGGCGCUUGCCAUCCCAGGGGAAGAUUAAAAGCCCGCCCGCUCGGGUCCUUGUGACAAAGCCUGGGGAAGGAUGUCCCCUCUCUUGGAGAUCGAGCCACCAGGUCUCAGCCAGCGGUGUGCAAGCGCGUGUGCUUCGCCUCCACAGUGACGGAGGGACUCGGAGCCCCAAGUGUCCUGUCGGCUCUCGUGUGGGAAACACCUGGUGUGAUGGACUUCGCUUGAGUCAGGCCUGUUAAACGUCCCUCACUGAGCAGCCUGCACUGAGGGGUGAAUGGAAGCGCUGGCUCUGGAAGGGAAGCUCAGCAGCAUUUCCACCUGGCUGUGUCCCACCCCGACAGCCACACCCAGGGCCCAGCACUGCCCCUGCUAGGCUCGCUUGUGUCUGGUUCUCCUUCCUCUGUGAAGAAAGGCUUGGAACGCCAGAGGAAGGAGCGACGCAGGUAGAAGUCAUUUACGAACUCCUGAUUACUUCAGUUUGGAUUCACAGAGUGCUGCCGACUCUGCGCUCACCUGGCAUCUCUGACGUGGGUGAGGUGGUUGUUGCGUUGGGGGCACUCACUUGGCGUCCUGGGGUUUGCCGACCUGAUCCCUGAUCACCCCCCGGGCAUGUGAGCUGCGGAGUCGGGGUGCUGUCCGCGGGCCGCGUGGCUCCCGCGCGCUGCCUUCCGCCUGUUGUAUAAAUUUGUUGUAGAAGAUCUCCUGUGUAAAAUAUGUGUGUGGCCCCAUGUGCGAAACAGAUUGGUGUUAACGUACCGUGUACGUGGAUGUGAAUCUAAGGGCAAGGACUUCUUUUCUAUGACAGAAAAUAGCAACCCGUAGAAGUGGCUAUGUUUUAAUAGGCCUCCGCGUGCCGUGCGGGGCUGCGUCGCCGCAGGGGCGGCCGCGUCUGU